AUGUAUCCGGUAAUACCGGCAGUUCGUUGCCGUCUGAAACUUUCAUUUGACCCGUGCGCCCCCUCCCCCUCUCUGUCUGCCCCCACAGCGCCCCGCCGCCUCAGAGGGCUCGCCGUCUGCCUAGGGUGCGGUUCAGACUCGUCGAGAGAUAACCAACGUUUCCAAUCUAUUGUUCUGGCAGCAUACAGUUGUUCGGUGUGCGACCGAGCAAGGAGGUGCGAGAGAAAAAAAAAGUUUAAUCUUGGCGACAUCGCUGCGGCGGGGUUCACCGCAAGUACCAGGGCGGCAGAGCGUCGCUGGAGGUUAAACGAGACGCAUAUAUUCGCGUGGGCCGACCCCCCGCCCCUCCCUACCACCGCCGCGCUGCGUCCCCGCCUCGCCCCGCGCGGGUUCAACGACCGGCGCGGCCGAUUCGGCCGACGGCGCGCCUCACCU